AUGGAUAUCGUGAUCACACAACAACAUGGCGAGCAUUCAAUGCCUUCACCGCCAGUCUUGCUCAAGGUGCGGUCGGCGGAUUGGUUCAUCACUGCUGUUGUGAUAAUGGCAGUGUUCACUAUCGUUCCAUUUAUACCUACCAUUUUAAAUUCCAGAAUCGGUGUUGCAGAGAAAGAUAUUCAACUAUGGAAUGCCGCCCUUAUUGGAGUCUAUGGAGGAGCAGUCUUUCUUGCUUCACCAAUUUUUGGAUAUUUUGCGGAUCGAAAUGGGUCGAGACGAAUUCCCCUGCUUCUCGGAUUUAUUGCCUUGGCCGGAGCAACUAUCAUGCUACACGUUGGAAAUACCAUAGCACUUUUAAUAACAGCCAGAGUUCUGCAGGGAUUGGCCGCAGCUGCAGUCUACAGUGUAGGCUUUGCACUCCUCUUUGAUACCGUGGGGUUGGGCGGCAUCGGGAAAGCACUUGGCUGGCUAUCGCCUGCAAUGAUUGCAGGUUCGUUUCUUGGUCCGACAAUUGGCGGUCUGUUGUAUGACGCCGGAGGAGAUUCGGCAGUCUUCGGCUUCUCAUAUGGCAUUAUCGCAAUAGAUAUUAUUCUGCGAUUGGUUGUAAUUGAGAAGGACACGGCGAAACAAUGGAAGUUAAAGAGAAGUGAUUCUGGUUAUGGAACCAUAUCACCCUCUCCACCUGGGUCAGCGGGCGGCAUUGAGCCAUCCAAUAACGGGAGACCGACUUCGCCCGCCAAAAGUUCAAUGUUUCGAUUACUGACUAUACCUCGUCUUCUAGUUGCUACAUUUGGAUGGCUCGUUAUCGGUGGAUUCUUGACCGCAUUCGACGGAGUUCUUCCUAUUUUUGUCCAAGGAGUUUUCGGCUGGUCUGCUACAGGAGCAGGUCUAAUUUUCCUGCCUUUGUUCCUGCCGAGCUUAAUAGGAAGUCCUCUCGCGGGUCGAGCAGUGGACUCGAUGAGGAACUCAACUCGCAUACUCACAGCAACGGGCUUUAUAAUUUGCUUGCCAUUCUUCGUGCUUUUACGCUUAGUGGAAGACAACUCGACACAAUCGCUGAUCCUUCUGUGUGUAUUUCUCGCCAUGAUUGGGAUCGGAUCAGGAUUGUGCGGUCCUCCACUUGCGAAGGAAAUAUCACAAGUUGUAGAGUCGGUUGAAUUGGCACAUCCAGGAGUAUUCGGCCCAAAGGGUGCCACUGCUCAAGCAUAUGGAUUGUAUAACUCAGCCUUCGCAUUGGGAAACCUUAUUGGUCCAAUUCUCGCAGGAACUUUGACAACAUUGUAUGGUUGGGCAACAAUGGCCUGGGUCUUUGGUUUGAUCAGUGGGGUGACGGGAAUCAUAAUGGCAUUGUUCCUUGAAGGCUGGGUCGGCUCCUCGAGCUUGACCAACCACAAUAGUGAGGAGGUUGAGCCAUUAAUUUCGGGCGAGUAA